AUGUUGUCGCAACCCUCGGGACGCAUGCUCUCGUCCCCUGAGGAUGCUUCAGCAGAGAUGACGGUCUAUGUGGUGGACGAUCUGUCGGCGGAUAUGUUAUUAGGGUACGAUUGGCUCUGGCGGUUUGGUCUCGGACUUCAAGCGGAUGCUACUGGGUUUUGCAUCAAGCACGUGAAGACCUCGGCCCCGAUCCGCAGCCCGGCCCAUGUUCCGCCCGGGGUCGCUCUGAGGCUGACGUUGCCUUCCCUGUACGCUUAUAGGACACCAUCGUCGACCACCACUAUAGAAGACCCUGUUGAUCCACCUCCUAUGUCGGCGACCCCUGUCCCUACGACUAAGGAGCCAGCCUGUGAUGGACGACCCCGGCGACGCCGUAAGAAGACCCCGUGGCGUUGUGUCCGACCUCGCCGUGAGCCUGUUAUGUAUUGCCGGCACACUAAGUCCACAGUAGUUGCGGACGGUAACCUUGGGACGUCCAUUGGCCGGACAUCUUCAUCGGUUGGUUCGGUAUCUAAGGCAUGGUCGACGACUUCUCAGAAGGGAUCGGUGGUAUCUCCAAGGGACGACGACAGCUUUGUUCGUGGUACACGGUUCGCCGCUCUGGCAAGGGAAGAGGAUGAGUCGGUUUAUCCUGCCCAGUCCGUGGACGAUGAUGCUCUGUCGAAGGUUACGAUCUUGAAAGACACCGAACCUGAUCCUACUCUGUACGAAGGCGAUUUCUACAAGAUGAAGAUCAUGUUCGCACAGUCUAUCCCUUCACCGUACCCACAGUUCAAGCCUUAUUUGGGCUCGAAGGCUGGCGACCUUACUCCGUACGAAGAGUGGCCGACUCCGUCCAUGGCUCCUGGUGAUGAGAUGGAUGAUGACGUUAUCGGCAAGGAUAUUGAGCAGUACGCAAUCCCUCAGCUCCCCACGGACGAGGAGGAGGUGUUUUCGGUUCCUAUCUUCGACGUCGAUGCCAAGCCAGAGCUGGUGGCGGUGGACGAGGUCUGUAAGCGGUAUAAGUCGCUCUUCUCUAACAAGAUUGGUCGGUGUAACUUGGUCGAGCACGACAUCGACACGUAUGAUGCCAAACCUACGAGAGAGAAGCCUCGGCGUAUCCCGCAUGCCUAUCGGGACGAGAUUAUUAAGCAGUUGGACGAUCUAGAGAAGCAAGGUGUUAUCCGGCGGUCUAAAAGCCCGUACGCAGCCCCUUGUGUGUAUGUUGCCAAGAAGGACGGAGGCGUACGACUGUGUGUUGAUUACCGGAAGCUCAACACAGCCUCUCCUCCAUCGGCUUAUCCGGUCCCGCUACCCGAUUUUGUUCAAGAGUCUCUGGCUGGAUCUAAGGUGUAUACCAAUCUCGAUUUACGUUCGGGUUAUUGGCAGAUUCCCGUCCGUCCUUCGGACGUAUGUAAGACGGCCUUUUGUCCUGGUGCCAACCUGCCCUUGUACGAGUUCUUGGUUAUGCCCUUUGGUCUACAUUCAGCUUGUGGUACGUUCCAAGAUUUGAUGGAUCGACUACUAGGCGACCUUCCUUACGUUAAGGUCUACCUGGACGAUGUCCUCAUCUUUUCACCGGACCUGGAGACCCAUGCUAAGCACUUGGACGAAGUCUUUCGUAGGUUGGCAGAGGCUAACCUAACCCUGAACGCGGCUAAGUGCAAGUUCGCUGGAGACGGUGUUAAGUAUCUGGGUCACUACUUCGAUCAGUUCGGUAUGCACCCUGACCCCGCUCGGGUUCAAGCUAUUGCUGAGUGGACGCCGCCUAGGACAGUGUCAGAGGUGAGGUCGUUCCUGGGGCUGGUCAACUACUACCGGACGUUCAUACCUCGGAUGUCUGCGGUAGCUAAACCCAUUCAACGUCUGGUGUCUCUAUGCGACAAGUGCCCGGACGACGUACCUAAACAUUGGGACGUGGAUGCUGACGAAGCCUUCGUGAAGCUCAAGACUGCUCUUAUCGGACUUCCCGGUUUGGCCUACCCCGAUUUUCGGGAGCCGUUCCAGAUCUGUUGCGAUGCUUCCAAUCAAGCUAUUGGUGGGGUCCUCGAACAGAACGGUCGUCCGAUCUGCUACUACUCUCAAGUUCUAUCUGGUGCUGAACUACGCUGGCAUACCUUCGAGAAGGAAGCGUACGCGCUAUUUCGGUGUCUGCAUCGGUUUCAUGACUAUAUUAUUGGUCACCCUUUGGAGGUUACUAUCUACAGUGACCACCGCCCCUUGCAACACCUUGCUAAGUGUACGUCUGAUCGAGUUCAGCGAUGGAUUUUGGCCAUGCAACGGUAUCGGUUCGUGGUACGGUACAAGGAAGGGACGAAGAAUAUCAAUGCUGAUGUACUCUCUCGACCUCAAUUGCCACGGCCAGAUCCUGUAGUACCAGACCCCCAUGCUUGUGAAGUACGGUCCCCCGUCAACGACUCCCCCGUCUUGCGAUCUUGUCUGGACGACCCUGGUUGCCGACUACAUACGUCCUUGGUGGUUCUUGACACCCUAUUCUCGAUCGAUGAUAUCCGAGACGGUCAGGACUUGGACGAGGUGGUCUCUGCAGUACGAGAGCGAGUCUUGGACGGCCAUCCUUUGGGCCGCAGCGAGUUCAAGACCCGAGACUACCUUCCGUAUCGACGUAUAUGGGCUUCUUUGGAUGUGUCUGAUGGGAUUUUGGCUCGGCACUAUCGUAUGGAUGCGCUGGACGAGGCGAGGCUCCUACCAGUGAUCCCCGAUGAGUUACGAGAACGAGCCCUCCGCCAUUAUCAUCAGGACACCGGUCACUUUGCCCGAGAGAAGAUGCUGAGCAAGAUGAAGCAACAGUGCUAUUGGCCGACUAUGCACGUGGAUGUUGAAGUACAUUUGCAGACCUGUACUUCUUGUCUUGCUGCUGGCCCAUUACAAGGAUCCCCGUCACCCCUGUUACCGGUUCCUGUCGGACGAGCUUGGCACACCUUAGGUGUCGACUACCUCAAGAUCGGUCCUGGUGUGGGUGGUUACAAGUGCCUCUUGGUGGUUCAAGACUACUUCACCAAAUGGGGUGAAGCCUAUCCUCUCCGUACGGAAACGGUGGAAGAGUCUUUGCCUCACCUUCUUGGGUUGUUUGCUCGAUUUGGUCCGCCAGCACGGAUCCAUUCAGAUCAAGGCCAGCAAUUCGAGAGUGCUCUCUUCCGAGCUACCUUAGACGCUCUAGGGAUCUCCAAGUCUCGGACGACCAUCUACCAUCCAGCUGGUAAUGGUUUGGUUGAACGACUUAACGGGACCAUCUUGUCGAUGUUGAGGAGACACUGUUGCAUCCCCGACUGGCCGACCCAUCUGCCGGCUCUCAUGUUCAAGUACAACACCGCUAUCCACUCUUCUACUGGCUACAGUCCCUUCAUGCUUAUGUUUGGACGUGAGCCCCCGGCCGACUUUAUUCCUAUAACGUCUGCUUAUAACUCACUGGUAUUUGAUACCGAGACUUACGGACAAUAUGUGGCUAGGGUACGAGCUUACUUGGACGAUGAGGUCGACCAGGCUGUCACUCAUGCAGCAGCGAGGUACAAGGCCUUCUACGAUCGCAAAGCCAAGCCCACGGCUUUCUUUCCGAACGCUAGAGUCUUUGUACGUGUUCACGUCCCCAACAACAAGCUGGCCCCGAGGUGGGAAGGUGACUGGUAUAUAGUGGAUAUUAUCGGUUCACAAGACCCUGUAAAAGUGCUUCGUCUUAAACAUGCUGUCACGGGCGAGUUGAAGGUCAUCAACGUGGACCAUGUUCGACUGGACCCAGUUCAACCUGACCAACUGCCGGACGGUCUCCUACAGCGUGUGGAUCGAGAAGUCCCAGACCUACCACCUCUACCGGCCUUCAACCCUGAGGCACCGCCUGCCCAUGCUCUACACCCUCAGCGAACGAUGCCUCCUAGGUCAAUGUCUGACGAGGACGAGUUCUCUAACGGUGUUCCGGACAAUCAGCCCGUACCCGCUCGAUCUGUGGUACGACCGCCGAAUGGUCCGUCCGCAUCUCCUGCCCCGUCUAGAUCACGGACGAGGCCUAUGCCCCCUUCGGCAGCCUCUACUCCUGCGGCUACAUCUAGACCGUCUAUGUUACCCCCGCGGCCGUUUAUGUCGUCGCCUCCUCCGGUGGAAGGACGACCUGUUCAUGACGGGCAUUAUUCGCCCCUGUCCCCGCCGCCUCUUUCUACACCGCUCCCGUCGCCGGUGCCUGAUAAUCUUCAGAGCCCGGCUGAGUCGGUACCCUCGGAUGGUCCUCUGUCCCCCCUGGAACCAUCCCGAUCUGUGUCACCUGACGAGCUUCCCCCUGGACGCUCACGGUCCGUGACGCCUACUACCCCUGUGGAGUCUCCUGAAGAGUCAACGCCGCUUCCUUCCGGUAUGGCAAGCCCGAUCAUGGACGCUGACUUCGAGUCUCCCCAAGGUACGCCGACGCCCCCUGUUAACGACCCCAUCCAACAACCUGCUGAGGCACCGUCGACCACGCCUCCGGCAGAGGCAGCCCCCGAGUCUACAAGACCAUUUACUAGGUCUAGGGCUGGUCACCGAUCCCGACCACCGACCCGCUUCGACCCCGAUACCUACGUCCCGAUGGCUCUUCGUUCUGAACGGAGCCAUGGACGUUCUGACUCUUCUUAA